GACCGAGUAGGAGAAUAAAGAAAGCGCAGGAGGAGGAGGAGAGAGAAAGAGGCCAGCAUCAGCCGAGCGUCCGGCCAGCGCCGAGCCUUCGGAUAUCCCGGGAAUCAUUGGUAGAGGGUUCCGAAGAUCCCGUAGCGGUGGAUCCCGCAGCACCUCCCCUGAGCGGAUAAGCCCAGAGCCUCGGCGGCGAGAUCAAAGCCACGAUGCCGCUACUUUUCGUUUGAGAGUGGACUUAUACGAUGCAAGUGGAGACGUCCUCCUGAUCGCACGGCUGACACUGGAGCGAAGCGCAGGGCUGUAUUAUGGACAGACAUAGUGGGAACAUUGAGGGACUGAGGACGGAUUGCUGGGACCUGCCACCCCUGCUGCAGGGCUAGAAGGAAAUGGCCCAGAAACAGGGGUCCAUCAUGCUUGUUUGGAGACCUGCCGCAACCUGUGGAUUUGACCGGGAACUGUGAGCACUAUCCUUCGCCCAAUGUGGGAGUGUCCAGGGAAGGUUGUCUGUGUUGUGUUGCCAUGGGGACCCCCACCCAGGAUGUCACGUUGGAGAAUGGGGACGUGAGGGUCUUUCUGUGCUGAGGUCCCCAAGGAUAUAUGAACAGACCCAUGACCUAACUGGACACCAUUUAUUUAUUUUUGAGCAAUCCAUUGAUAUAUUGCCGCAGUUAUUUACAUAUAUAGUUUUAGGUCCCAUUUAUGUGUCCCUGAGUUAGCUGGCAGUUGCUAAAGUUAGCUUUUCACCGUUCACCGUCUAUGGAGCUGUUUGCAUAAGCCACCGUGCCCCCCCCCCAUGCGAUGACACCCCAGGCCAUCUGUAAGCCAUGGCAUCGCAUCCACCCCCCCUCUUCCUCCACGACUUUGAGCUGGGCGGGCGUUUCGUGGACUUGCGUCCGCUAGGCUCUGGCUCCACGGGGCCGGUGCUGUCGGCCGUGGACCGGCGCAGCGGGCAGCGAGUGGCAGUAAAGCGGCUGCCCAUGCGUGACGCCGUGUCUGUCAAGCGGGCAUUACGCGAGGUCAAGAUCACGCGGCGCUUGCGGCACGACAACGUGGUGGCUGUGCACGAGGUGCUGGGCCCACGGGGGCAGGUGCUGCGCCCCGGUGCCAUCUGCCUGCCCGCCCUCUAUGUGGUGCAGGAGUGCAUGCAGACGGACCUGGCGCGACUACUGGAGGACGGGCCGCUGCCUGCUGGACACGCCACGCUGCUUUUCUACCAGCUGCUGCGUGGCCUCAAAUUCAUCCACUCAGCCAAUGUGCUGCACCGUGAUCUCAAGCCCGCCAACAUCUUCGUCAACGUAGACCAGUUGAUGCUGAAGAUCGGCGAUUUUGGUCUGGCCCGCAUCGUCGACCCCCGCUACUCGCACAAGGGAUACCUGUCCGAGGGGCUGGUGACAAAGUGGUAUCGCUCUCCUCGGCUGCUGCUCUCCCCUAACAACUACACCAAGGCUAUCGACAUGUGGGCGGCUGGCUGCAUCCUGGCCGAGAUGCUGACUGGACGCAUGCUCUUCGCAGGGGCCCAUGAACUGGAGCAGAUGCAGCUGAUUCUGGACACGGUACCGGUGUUGAGAGAGGAAGAUCAGCAGGAACUACUGAAAGUCAUGCCCUCCUACAUCAGCCAGGGCUGGGAGGUCAAGAGGUCACUGCGAGAGCUGCUUCCCGAGGUGGAUGUGGAGGCUGUCGACUUCCUUGAGCGGAUCCUGACCUUUAACCCCAUGGACCGGCUGACGGCAGAGGACGCCCUUUCCCAUCAUUUCCUGCGGCAGUACUCCUGUCCUGAGGACGAGCCCACAUCACUGCACCCUUUCCGCAUCGAGGACGAGCUGGAUGAGGGCCUGGUUACUGGGCAGGACUUUGACUACGCCUCACAGUGGGAGUGUGACAGCCAAACCACACACUGGGACAGGUUUGAGGCCAGCCUCUCCUCAGAACCCAGCUGGAGGCAGUCGGGCCAAGUGGAAGGAGUGUCAGGCUUGGGGGAGGAGGGAGAGGAGGUGCAGAGGGACCCACGGGCGGAUCCUAGGCCUCCUCUGGAAGAGGCACAGGUGGAUCCCCGCAAGUACUCGCACAGCAGCUCCGCGGAGCGCUUCCUGGAGCACUCGCACUGCUCCCUGGAACGUGCCGGGGGCAGCCACGGCGAGCUGGACUGCGGCCGCUCCUGCGACUACAAGGUGGGCUCACCCUCCUACCUGGACAAGAUGGCAUGGCGCGAGGGCAAGCCGCAGCACUACUCGGAGCCUAAGCUCAUCCUGGACCUGUCGCACUGGAAGCAGAGCAACCAGCAGCCAGUGGGGGGUGGCCUGGGGGAGCCCCCAGCAGAGGCCCCGGCAGACCUCUUCCUGGAGAUUUCCCGCUGGGUGGAAAGCACACAGUCCCGCCUGCACUCCCCCACCCCCAGUCCGCUUCAGGACUUCCUCUCCCUACCCAGGUCACCCCCACUACCUCUGUCACCCACCCUGCACCCCCUGACCCCCACUCAUUGUCCAGUUCCUGAGCACAAGCCCCACCGGAGCAGAAUCAGCCCUCGUUCGUCGUCCUCCUCGCCCCCAUCUCUGUUACCCUUCUCCCCCUCCUCCCCACCUCCACUCUCCCCCCGAAUCCCUCCUACCUCCACCUGCCAUAUUGCUAGCCCCGCACCCUCAGAGACAGUCUCGUCCCAAGGGGCGGAGUCACAGUUCGACCUGGAUGCCUUCAUCUCUCACGCCCUCAAGCUGUGCGGACAGACGGAGGAGCUGGAGGAUAGGGGGGACACAACCAGGCCGGCGGACAUCAACGGAGUGCCCAAGCUUGCAGACUGCCCCCCGCCCCCCCCCUCAACCCCUGCACCGGGAAUGCUCAAGGCACAGAACUACCAGAAGGAGCACUGGUAGCCCCAACACAUGGACACCUGCUCUCUCUAGGGACUGAGUUCCCCUGCUUUGAAGUGCUGCAGCAGUUGGCAUUCACCAUGCUAUUAGCCGUUAGCUAACAUCCACUGGGCAGGACACCAGUGAGCCCACCCAAGGGCAGCUUACUAGAUAGCCUUCUUCUAGAUACCAAUAGCCUUCCCAUGGACACCAGCAAGCCUGCCCAGGUUUCUGGGUGCAGAUUAUCUCUUCCACGUCUUGGGCUGUAAGUGACAGUGGCUCGUCACCGGGGUGGGAUCCUCACAGUAGCUCGUGGCCCUCAACAGGUGUGAGGAACUGCACGAAGGAUCAUUCUGAGGCAAGGGGGUAACCUUCAGUUUCCAGACUGGCAUUGAAAGCAGGCAUAACCAGGACAGGUUACACACAAGAACUCAACAGGCAUCUUAUAGUUUUGCACAAUCACCCGUGGAAGCUAUGUAGGAAAAAUGUAGGCGGCUAGAAAGGCAUAAAGUUUCCUGGGUUAUAGUCUAUCAACAUAAUAACCCAUAUUUUUCAUUGUUUAGAAUGAAUGCAGUGAAAAAAACGGACCACAACAGCACUUGAAAUAGUUCCAGGUUUCUCGGCUACUCAUUGUGAACAUCCCCUUGGUAUACUUGCCACAGAAAUAAGCUGGUAAUAACUUGCCCCUUGACCUUCAUGACUGUUUUGGAAGACUGUUCUGGUUCUGGUGGGUGGAGCCCCAUUAGCAGGUAGACUUUAAUCACACGGGCAGCCAGGCAUGUUCUGGGACUGACAGCGUAAGUGAGGGUCACUUGUAGGAUGGGUUUGCCGGGUUGUUUCGAUCUCUCCUAGUGCUUCCCCUUAUCGCUGGGCUCUCUCACCAACAGCAUGACGUAUAUGAUUGUACAGAUGCUGUUUGUUUUCCUGUCAGUUUGAGUUUUCUAACAGAUUAAUGACGUUUAAUAAAAUUUGCCAACGGCUUAA